UUUGCUCACGCUAAGCAAAGUUUGGAGGCGAGGCGCCGCACCGUCCGUCAGCAGUCUUUCAGCAGCGGUUUAGAGAGAAUUGUCCUGUCAAGAGUAAACUCGGGAUCAGCUAGAAUGAAGCACCUAAUAUUCCUCUCUCUGGGGAUCUUGCUUUUAUCAGGGCUGUCGGGAGCAGCUGCUGAUGAAGAACCACAAACAGUCACCGUGGAACCUGAUUUGGGAAGCAGUCGAGAAGCCUUAAGAACAGACGAUGAAGCAGUCAAAAGAGAAGAGGAAGCUAUUAAGUUGGAUGGUCUCAAUGUUGCACAGAUAAAAGAGUUGCGGGACAAAGCGGAGAAAUUCACUUUCCAGGCUGAAGUCAAUAGAAUGAUGAAACUUAUCAUCAAUUCACUGUACAAAAAUAAGGAGAUUUUCUUGAGAGAAUUGAUUUCCAACGCAUCAGACGCUUUGGAUAAAAUCAGAUUGCUCUCGCUGACUGAUCCGUCCGCCCUCUCUGCCACGUCUGACUUAGCGAUAAAGAUCAGGCUGGACCCAGACACGAAAAUGCUGCACAUAACAGACACUGGUAUUGGAAUGACGAAGAGCGAUUUGAUCAACAACCUUGGCACCAUUGCUAAGUCUGGCACUGCCGAGUUCCUCACCAAAAUGCAAGAUGCUUCUCAGGGAUCUCAGGACACCAAUGACAUGAUUGGGCAGUUUGGAGUUGGUUUCUACUCGGCAUUCCUUGUGGCCGACACAGUUGUUGUCACAAGCAAGAACAAUGAGGAUGAGCAGUACAUUUGGGAAAGUGACACGAGCAGCUUCAAUAUCGCCAAAGACCCGAGAGGAAACACUUUGCCGCGUGGAACCCAGAUCAGCUUGAAGUUGAAGCCAGAAGCUGGCGAUUAUCUUCAGCCAGAAAACAUCAAGAACCUUGUCAAGAAGUACUCUCAGUUCAUCAACUUCCCUAUUUACCUGUGGACCAGCAAAACGGUUACUGAGGAAGAGCCAAUCGAGGAAGAAGCCACCAAGGAGGAGGACAAGGACAUUGUUGAUGAAGAAGAUGGUAAAGUUGAGGAUGAAGAGGCAAAGGAUGACAAGCCCAAGACAAAGAAGGUCGAGAAGACCGUCUGGGACUGGGAAAAGCUGAAUGAAGCCAAGCCCAUUUGGACCAGAAAGCCUGCCGACAUCUCAGAAGAAGACUAUAACGAAUUCUACAAAAGUCUGACUAAAGACACCAAGGACCCUCUCACCAAGGUCCACUUUGUCGCUGAGGGAGAAGUAACGUUCAAGUCUCUUCUGUAUGUCCCAGAAAACCAACCGGGAGAAGGUUUCAACAGAUACGGUACUAAGACCGAUCACAUCAAGCUCUUUGUGCGACGUGUUUUUAUCAGCGAUGAUCUGCAAGACAUGAUGCCCAGCUAUCUAUCGUUCAUCCAAGGAGUUGUUGACUCUGAUGAUCUGCCCCUGAAUGUCUCCCGUGAAACUCUCCAGCAGCACAAACUUAUCAAAAUUAUCAAGAAAAAGCUGGUUCGCAAGGCUCUUGACAUGCUCAAGAAAAUGGACAAGGAUGAAUACGAGAAGUUUUGGAAGGAAUACUCCACCAACAUUAAGCUUGGAGUUAUCGAAGACUCUGCCAACCGCACCCGCCUGGCCAAGUUGCUGAUGUUCCUUUCGUCUAACGGCACUGACCUGACCUCCCUUGCGGAAUACGUUGAAAGGAUGAAGCCAAAGCAGGAGCACAUCUAUUAUAUUGCUGGAUCUAACAGGGAGGAAGUCAUGAGGUCGCCUUUUGUCGAAAAGCUGCUGAAGAAGGGCUACGAGGUUCUGUACCUAGUGGAAGCCGUCGAUGAAUACUGCAUCUCAGCUCUGCCCGAAUUUGAGGGCAAGAAGUUCCAGAACGUUGCCAAGGAGGGCUUCACCUUGGAUGAGUCUGAAUCGUCUAAGGAAAAGAAGGAGGCCCUGAAGACUCGAUUUGAGCCUCUGGUCAAAUGGUUGAAUGAUGACGCGCUCAAGGGCCACAUUUCAAAGGCUACCCUAUCCGAGAGGUUGACCGACUCGCCCUGUGCACUUGUGGCCAGCAUGUUUGGCUGGACUGGCAACAUGGAACGACUGGCCGUGUCGAACGCUCACCAAAAGUCUGAAGACCCUCAGAGAAGCUAUUACCUCAACCAGAAGAAGGUUCUUGAAGUGAAUCCUGGACACCCUCUGAUCAAGGAAUUGUUGAGAAGGGUUGAGGAUGACCCUGCUGACCCCACUGCUAAAGACAUGGCUCUCAUGAUGUUCAGAACAGCAACCCUCAGGUCAGGGUACAUGCUCAAGGAUACGUCAGAGUUUGCCACCAGCAUUGAGUCGAUGAUGCGAAAAACUUUGGGCAUUUCCCCUGAUGAGAAGCCCGAUGAAGAUAGUGAGGAAGUGAGUGAAGAAGAUAAGACUGACGAUGUUGAAGAGAUCAACACAGAAGAGCAUGAUGAAUUAUAAUUAUUGUUUUCUCCAUUCCAUUAAUCGUGGUCAUUUAUCCAUCAAUUUUUGUUUUGUAUGUAAAUAAAACAUUUUGCAAAAAAAUUA